CUUAGGAAUCACAAAUCAACUGGAGAAGCUCUAUCUGGGGUCAUUAUAAUGACUCGCCGAUAAAUGUACAAGUUCUGCCGGAGGCUGUCCCGAGGCUGGCUGUUAUGUGUCUGGGACGUUGUCACUACAUCACACACUUCCUCGAUUUCAGGAUUGCCCUCUAAGCCUGUCUAAUGGGAUUCUCUGUUGCUGACCCUGGCUUACUCUGACCUACUUCCUUCUUCUGUCCCAGCAAGCUGUCAGCAGCUAUCAGAGCACCAGGAGCCGAAAUCACCGGGCACUGAGGGGGAAAAGCAAGGAUGUCGCUGGUGAAUUCGCAGGGAUCCAUUAAGAGGAAACUGGAAGGAGACAGCUUUCCUGACAGCAGUUCAUUUGAUGACCUUUACCCUCAUGACAUUAAGAGACCUUGCCUUGAUGAUGUUACUCUUUCUAUGGGACAAAGUACCAACCCCAGUAGCUCAUGUUCUGAGAUACAGAUGUCGCCAUUUUCUCUGGAUCAUAACUCCUCAUCCAUUGGCAUGGCUGACCAUUCUGUCCUACUUGAAAAUAGCCAGAUGAAUGAUAAUGACAUUGGAUCUUCAUUCACCAUGCCACCAAAUACUGAAGUUGGACAGAAAGGGCCAAUGGGUGGACCAGACAGUAUGGUUCACUAUGAUGAAAAAGGAAACAGUCUGCAGACUGUGGAUCAGGAGCUUCAAGAUCUCCUUGAAGAGCUAACCAAAAUGCCAGACCCGUCUCCUAAUGAUCUAGACCUUGAAAAUAUCCUGGGGAGCAAGCCAGAAGAACCACUUGGCAUGGUUCAUACACCACCAGCCUUGAGGAGCACUCCUAAACCUUCUCCUCAGACAUCUCACUUGGAGAACCAUGUUACUAGCAAGGAAUUUUCUCCUAGUUGCAGUCAGACAGUAACGAGUGGGUCAUCUCAGAUGCGGCCCUCCUCUGCGGGAGCGAGCUAUCCGGUUCGUCCUCCUAACAAACCUACCACCUCCCCCAUUUCUUCAACAGCCCAGACAAAGUGCCAGCCCCGGAAUAUGCUAACUGGCUCCUUACCCACCUUGUCUGGACCUCACUGGCAUCAUGCCCACCAACUGAAGGCCCUGGCAGCCAGCAAGCAAGUAUCUUCUACAAAACAGCAAAUGCCAACAUCCAGCUGGUCUACCAUGGCUUCUCCAGGCCUUUCUCCACCGUACCCACCAGGGUCAUCACCACAUCAACAACCAUACAGCCCUCAGAGCAUCAUGGUGUCUGGCAUAUCAUCCACCAGUCUGCAAGGGAGCAACCUCCAGACCUCUCCCACUGCCUUGCUUUCAAAUCUGUCUGUCACUGGUAACUCUGGGGGCGGGCCCUCCGGGCCCUUUGGUUCUGAAAUGCUGUCCAGUCCCAUUCUCACUCAGCAACAGCAGCAGUUCAGCCCUCCCAAUGUCAUGCUUUCCAACUUAACCUCCACUGCCAUCCCGACCACCAGUAUCAAGAGUCCCUCGAGCAGUUUGGUCUCAAGCAUGGCCACUACCAACCCAUCCUCACCAUAUCGGCCAGACAAGCUCUCCAGCCCAGCUCUGCAUCAGCAGUCCUUCAGUCCACAGGGCACCCUGAUCUCAAAUGUCAGUAACCCUGCGGGCAUGCAGCAGCAGCAGCCCCCACCGCCACCACAGCCACAGCAACAGCAGAACCCACUGUAUAAGACUAUGACCAACAACCCAUCAAAAAAUCUCAAUGUGAUCCUGCAGCAAGCUUCUGGCGGUUUGCAAUCUGGGCUCGUGAGUGAAGGCCCUGGGAGUCAGGAGCCCUUUUCCUUUGGCAACACCAAGCCCCUGUCCCACUUCACUUCUGAGGCAGCCCCCCAGAAGGUGGCAUCCAUGUCUGCGAGCUCAGGGCAGCCAUCCCUGCUCCACUACCUGCAGCAGCCUCCGCAGGCCUCUGCUCAGCAGCUGCAGGCCCAGCAGUCCAACAGUACACAGUUUUUACUGCAGCAGAUGAUGCAGCAGCCGCAGAGGACCCAGCGACACAUGUCACCUGCCUCUUUGCCUUCUCAGCCUAGACAGGAUGGGAAUCCCGGCAUUGCUGCCAGACUUCAGGAAGCAGGCCCUCUCCAGAGUGCAGGCAGCUCCAUUUCAGCAGCCACUCCGGCCACAGUGAAUGGAUGCAUGAGAAACCAUCUGCUCAAGCAGCAGAUCCUGCGCAGGCAGCAUAUCAUGCAGCAGGAAAAGCAGAGACCAAAUGUCAUGGCAGUGCCAUCUGACCAGCGGACUCCCUUUCUCUGCCAACAGAUGAGUCAGUUUUCAACCAUGCCACAGCAGAUGCCUUCUGACUGUGGCCAGUCCAUGCCGACUCCCUCACCUAGUCCUCGCAGGAUGCCAUCCACACCUGGGAUCCUUCAGAACACCUUGACCCCUGGAAUCAGUUCAACUACUGGAAACCAGAGCGCAGGGGGCAUGGUUAUGAUCCCCCAGACCCCGGGGAAACAACAGGGAAUUUUUCCCUCUGGCUCCGACUUCAAUGUCUCCAUGCGCCAGAACCAAACUUCAGCUAGUCUGAGCUCUGUCAGCCAGACGGUUCACAGCAGUCAUUCAGCAAUCAAACCUGGAAUGACCCUGACUGGGUUCAGUUCCAGCUCCUUAGCAAACCAAUCUGCAAGCCCUCACCAGUUACGGCAGCCCAAUAUGCCCCGGAUUUCCAACAUGUAUCCCAAUUCCUCCCCUCAGGCAUGGAUCUCUACAGUGGCCUCUCGAAUGCCAAAUCAGAGCCAAAUAGACACCAGCAUUCAGCAGUUCUCCACCAAUCCUCUUUUCUCCAAACAAAAUGUGAGAUCCAAUCUAACAGGUCAACAAUUUUCACCUCAGUCAGUGAUACCCCCCAAUCAGAUUGCCCCUGGAGUCAGGCAGAUUCCAAAAGUGAACGUAGGCCAGCCUGCUCAAAGCCUCAACAUGCUUAACAGCCAGAGUUUGAGACAAAGUCUAACUCGAACCCCAUUGCCAGCUAUGAAUGUCAUGAAACCCAUACCCCAAAGCGUGUCUAGUUUCAACCCAAUCAGCCCAGCCCAAGGCAUCGAGCCACCGAGCUAUCCCAUCACAAGCCAGGCGUCUGGGACCUUCAGCAGGAUGGGUGCUUCGGCCGAGCUGGCCCAGUAUGAUUUCGGCCCCCAGCAGAAUGAUUCCAUUUUGCCAGACAGCUGCAGUGAGACAGACUUCAUCGAUUCCCUCAUGAAAAGCAGCAGCAACAAUGAUGAAGAGUGGCUGAACAACCUGAGAAUGAUCGACGACAUCUUGGGCCAGCACACUCAGAGUUCUGGUCACGUUUAGCUCUCGGCAGGUACCCACAUUUGAUCCCCUCCUUCCCCGGCUGGGGGUGGUGGUGUGAGGAAACAAAACAGAACAACAUAGUCCCACUGCGCACAUGCGCACGCCCACACACACACACACACACACACACACAAUCACACUCACACAAUCACACUCAUACACACACACACACACACACACACACACACACACACAUCAAACAAAAAUAAAAACAAAACCCCAACCAUACAGGCACAUACCCAAAGCUAGUUUUUGUCCAUUACUGAGUUGGAGCCAGUUCUUUACCUGUGACAAAGUUGAAUAUUGGCCAUUUUUCAAGUGACUGUAUAUAUCCAAAUUUUGUAAAUGGUGUUUUCUUAAGCAUUCAAUAUAGAAGUAUUUAUACUUCUCUUUGUGACAGUUUGUAAAUAAAUCUCUGGCUUAUGUAUUGUUUUAUUAUAGAAGUUUUGCUUGUUACACCUUGUUACAAAUAUGCAAAUCAUUUUGUUAGUUUCCGUAAUACUGUGUAUUACCGCUUGAAACACGCGUGCGUUUGACAUAAUGUAAGGCAAACUAGGGGUGUUAGGCAAACUGAGCAAGUGCCAAAUGGAAGACCAGGAAUACGAAUGCCUUGGGACUUCUUGUCUCCUUCCCAUUUCUCUUGGAUGCCUCUGAUGAGCAUGCUAAGUGUCUAGCGUGGAGAUGGGCUAAGCAGCAACCUCCUCCAUGAUGAGAAAUACUGACAAUUGGAAGGAAUCUUUUAAGCCCUGGAUGGGCCACCCCAUGCAAGUCUCCUGGAGAAGCUCGCCUUGCUCUGAAUGAUGACCUUGGAGAGACUGCAAAGCAUCCUUACCAUUCUCAUUCAGACUGGAAAAAAGGCUGCCUCCGGUCUCGGCACCCCUAGCGUGUAUAUCUGUAGUGUACAGGUGAUUUGUUCCUGGUUAUAAGGCCUUUCAAUAUGUGUUUGAAUGUAAGACUUGGAGUUCAGGAGAAGAGUCUAUUGAUAUGAAGAGUUAAUUUGGGAUUUGUCUCUCUGAUGGUUUCUGUCUGCAGCUACAGUCAUGUAUAUUUAAGUGUCUGUUUAUAGAAGAGCCACUGUAUUGUAAAUGCCUUAAAAUGUUCAUGCUUUGUGGAAUCCUAUUUUAAUAGUCACAUCCUACUUCAGCCAUACAUUUGUAAUAUAGCAUCAGCUUUGAGCACAGGAUGGUUCUUCCUUCAUGCCAUAAUAAACUGCCAUGAGAGAACUGCA